UUUUUAGGGGCGUUUGAGGGUCAAGCCGCCUGGAGGCAGAAUGCAGCGAGGUCUGGGGGAUCACGCCGGGUCCGCAGACCCUGGAAGCGCUCACGCGGCGACCCCUCCUCUGCAAAUGCGGGUCCAGGCUGCAGAGGACAAAAGGCCGGAGCUGGGACAAAGGACGGGCCACGCCUGCGCAGACCGUGCUGUUCCUGGAGGCAGGUGGCCCCGCCCCCUGGAGCGGCGUGCGACGCCGCGGUGACGUCACGGCGAAGUUGCCAUGGCGUCCCUGAGCGGCCUGGCGUCGGCGCUGGAGUCGUACAGGGGCCGGGACCGCCUGAUCCGAACGCUGGGGUACUGCUGCCAGCUGAUCGGCGGGGUGCUGGUGGAACAAGGGCCAGCGAGAUCCGAAGUGGGGAUGCGGCUGGGGGCGGGGGCGCUCAGCCACUGCCGGACCGUCCUGCGACUCUUUGAUGACCUGGCCAUGUUUGUCUACACGAAGGACUACGGCCUGGGGGCGGAGGAGGAGGACACCCUUGUGCGCUGGAUGUCGGUCCUGGGCAACCUGGCGGACCAGCUCUACUACCCCUGCGAGCACGUCGCCUGGGCCGCCGAUGCCCGGGUCCUCCACGUGGAUUCCGCACGGUGGUGGACGCUCAGCACUGCCCUCUGGGGCCUCUCCCUGCUCCUGGGCAUGGCCAGGUCUCUGUGGGUGCUGCUGAAGCUGCGGCAGAAGCUACGGAGCCCCACGGGGGCCUUCACCAGCCGGCUGCCCCGGAGCAAGCGGAGAGUCCUGGCGGCGCAGGUGCGGGCCGAGGUGCUCACGCUGCUCAGCAACGCGGCCGACCUGGCCAACGCCGUGCACUGGCUGCCCCCCGGCGUCCUGUGGGCCGGCCGCUUCCCCCCGUGGCUGGUGGGGCUCAUGGGCACCGUGUCCUCGCUCCUCAGCGUCUACCAGGCAGCCCGGGCCGGCGGCCCGGCCGAUGCCGCCACCCCCUGACGUGGCCCCCGUGACACAGGGCCCCUUCCCACAAGCUGGACAUCGCCGGGGCUGGGGCUGGGUCUUGAACAGAGCACCUGCGGGUGAGGAGGGGCUGGGGCCGGGACCCCCAGCCCGUCAGGGCUCCUGGGCCUCCAGCUUCCCCCUGGGCUGCAGGGGUACUUGUGAGCUGUGCAGACCCCGACGAGGCCACCGAGGGCCUCAGCAGAGCCUCCUGUGCCCCGGCUGGGAGCUUGUACCCAGACAGAGGCCAGCAGGACAGGCAGGACCCGGGGAAGGGCGGGAGCAGGAAUCAAUUAAACAUCACGGUGCUGGUGCCAG